AUGAAGUCCCCUCCAUGCUGCCUGUCCCUUUCUUCUGGGGCAUCCGUGGAAGAGCUGGACGAGAGCACAUCCUUGGGAUCUCUGGAGUCCAGCGUCUUCUGUAGCGAGCUGGAGCCUGGAUCCUUGCUGCAGCGGGUCGUCCCCUCCUUAGACUGUAUCACCAUCAAUGUGGGAGGCGCCCGCUUUGUGCUGUCCCAACAAAAGCUGUGCUGCUACCCGGACACUCGCCUGGGCAAGCUGGCUGUGGUGGUAUCAGCCGCCCAGGAUGUGACCUCCAGCCUCCUGGACCUCUGCGAUGAUGCCAAUGUGGUGGAGAAUGAGUAUUUCUUUGAUCGUAGCUCUCAGGCGUUUCGCUACAUCCAUAAUUAUUACCAGACCGGCCGGCUGCAUGUGAUGGAUCAGCUGUGUGCCCUUUCCUUCCUGCAGGAGAUUCAGUACUGGGGGCUGGAUGAGCUCAGCAUAGACUCUUGCUGCAGGGACAGGUACUUCAGACGCAAGGAACUGAGUGAAGUCUUGGAUAUCAAGAAAGAUGCCGAAGAACUGGAUGCCCAAGUUGAGGAGGAGGAAUUCUCUGGGAGCCUAUGCCCUUGUUUCAGGCAGAAGCUUUGGGAAAUAUUGGAAAAACCUGGGUCUUCUGUAACGGCCAGGAUUUUUGGCACUAUCUCGAUGGCCUUCGUCAUCAUCUCUAUUGCCAACAUGGCCCUGAUCUCCGUAGAACUGAGCUGGCUGCCGCCACAGUUCCUAGACAUCCUGGAGUAUGUGUGCAUUGCCUGGUUCACGGGAGAGUUUGUCCUGCGCUUCCUCUGUGUACAAAACAAAUUCCACUUUAUGAGGAAUGUCACAAACAUCAUAGACCUUCUGGCCAUUUUGCCCUUCUACAUCACACUGCUGGUGGAGAGCUUGCGGGGCAGACACAGCUCCCAGGAGCUGGAGAACAUGGGCCGCAUUGUCCAGGUGUUGAGGCUCCUGAGGGGUCUGCGCAUGUUGAAGUUGGGCAGGCAUUCAACAGGUUUGCGGUCCCUUGGGAUGACCAUUGCGCAGUGCUACGAAGAGGUUGGCAUGCUCUUGCUUUUCCUCUCUGUGGGCAUCUCCAUCUUUUCCACAGUGGAGUAUUUUGUGGAGCAAGGUGUCCACGGCACAACGUUCACGAGUGUGCCCUGUGCCUGGUGGUGGGCUACAACCUCCAUGACCACCGUCGGCUAUGGAGACGUUCGACCAGAUACAACGAUGGGCAAGAUAGUUGCCUUUAUGUGUAUAUUGUCGGGAAUUCUGGUCCUGGCUUUGCCAAUAGCCAUCAUCAAUGAUCGCUUUUCUGCUUGCUACUUUACCCUGAAGAUCAAGGAAGCUGCCCUCCGGCAGCGUGAAGCCUUAAAGAAGCUCACAAAGAAUAUGUCCAGCGACUGCAAUAUCAACAUUAACUUACGAGACAUAUAUGCACGAAGUGUCAUGGAUGUGUUGAGGCUGAAAAGCCGUGAUAGAACAAGUACUAGGAGUAGUGGUGGUGAUGAGUUUUGGUUUUGAUUUUUAAACAUUUUUGUUUUAUAAUGGUUGUCUAAUGUGUUGACAGCUUUGAAAAUACAGUGUUGAAUGCCUGGCUAACA